AUGCUCUUGAAGCGCGCCGUAUCAGCACCAAACGGCUUUUCUGAUGUCUUCCUCGACCGGUCCACUUUGGCUUGCAUUGCGAUUCGAAAUUUGGCAGAAGCUGCGACCUGCGGUCGUGAGGCGCCAGCGUUGUAUGUGAGCUGUACAAAUGGGCUUCGCUUCGAGGGCUGGAGGCCAGAAACAGCCAACAGCCCACUAAUCAUCCUCUUGGUCCGGGUUGGCAUGAAAGACCUUGCUCAAUGCACACAGUGCUUUCAAAUCGUAGGUACCGUUGGACCUUGGUGGUUGAGAACCUUCGGCGAAUUUCCUGGCCGAGAUCCCUGCCGCUGUGGCCAGCUGGGGUGCUCAAGGAGCUUGAGGAGCGUUGUAAUGAUGAUCGCUGAUAGGAUGCGCAGACACUGGUGCGCUUUACCAGUGAGGUCCACGAUUUCUGCCUCUGAAAUUCAGGAUCUGGCCUUGUCCGAAUGGAGCACAAAUACAGACGCGAGCGAACCAACCACUCACGGUCGCGAUGGAUGGCGCGAGAUUCCGGACAGUAUUCAUUCGAGGCACUUCUUUAUUGGUUGGGCUCGCGACGCCGUCGCUUGCAUCAGUAGGAAUUGGAUGCAGAAGGUGAUCUCAAAUUUGAACCGAGCCAAGGUGGAUGCAUCGUUUCCAGAGUCGCGGACCAGAUCAACCAUGCCGCAGGUGAUCGAUUACAUAAAGAAUAACUUUCCUGCGCCCCAAGUGGCUAUUGUCGGUGUUCUGGACCGCAUUCGGCCAGAAGACAUCAACGAAGGCCUUAGGGAGUGGUGGAAACAGAUUGUAGGAGACCACAUGAGCCGAGAGCCGAGAGAUUUUGAUCAUGAUAAUACCCGCUAUCCAGUGCUGAUGAUGGCAGCCACGACCGGCUGGAGCAAUGGCCCCGAAGAAGACCUGAAAUGGGUUAACAUAUUUGGUAUGCUGAAGAAAGGCCUCUCGCGCAAGAACUAUGAGAACUCGGGUUGA